UGGUAAACCGCCUACAACUGACUGGCUCGUUAGACAAAAAUAAAGCUCUGCCACGAUCUCCGUCGCAGUCAACUCGUAGACUCGGAGAUACCGAGGCGAUUCUAUUGUAUUACAAGUCUGCUACAGAUAAUGGAGCAAUGUCGGACGUCAGUCUAGCUCCCAGUUCACGACCUUCAUCUACCUUUGUUUCCCCAACUGCGUUUCAUUCUCGUUCAAUCUCGUCGACGUCUAUUACUACUCAAAUUUCUACUUCUUCCUCCGCUUACUCUUCCGAAUCCUCGAAGGCACGUCCGACUGCUCCAAGCGCGUAUAAACCUCCUCACCCACGACCUAUCUCGCCACUUGGUUUGAACGGAGCGACACGUCGCCCAAGUAUACCGUCUGAAGGUGGCGCAGACAGACGGCGCAUUGCCAUUGUCGAGAUGGGCACGCAUUUUGGCGAAUCCCCGAAAAGUGAUACCUGCAGGAGCAGUUCUCCUUCGAGCGACUUAUGUUCUCGACGCCAGCUAAGCGGUCUCGCCCUUGUUGCACCACCGGAUGCAUCGCUACGAACGUGUGUCGGUUCUACCUAUUCACUCACUUCGCCCCAGCCUCCAUCCUCGAGCACUGCACCCUCUCACGUGCGUUCAUCGUCAGAGACUGUCGGAGUCUCUGGACGAGAUAUGAAGCACACUCGUAAAUUAUCGCGCGAGGUGGCUGUCAUAGGCACAACCUCUCGUCCAACCAAACCAUCAGAGCCGUAUAUACAGGGCUAUUCAUCCCCUGUCACAGAAGCACUCAAGCCACCCCUAUUCCAAAAGCCCCAAUCCCGUUCACCUUCCCCUGGAACAUCCGAGACAUCUGAUUCAGGAAGUUCUACUGCGCAUCUCCAGAGUAGACAGAGGAAAGACGCGCUCUUCCCUGGAGUAAGUCCCAUUAAGGAACUGAAGGAAAGUCUAUCUCCCCCAGCAAGCCCUAUGCCCGUUCCUGUGGUUACGCCACGCAUAGGAGAAAGCAAGGGUAUUGGCGAUCGUGUGGCUGGUCCUGUCAUUGUCAAUAUCUUCCCCGAGUCGCCCUCACCUGUUAAUGGGAAGCUCAUUACGAGUCUACACUCCAAGACAUCUGCAGUCACAGCCACACCUGCUACUCCCUACUUGUACUACCAGCCUGGUCUACAUGCAAAAGCGGGGCCGCUACCUCCUCCACCUAUGGCGAUCUUGGGUAUUGAUCCUAGUGCCCCGCCGCCACCUAGACCACCUCGGCAUAUGCCAGCGAAGAAGAAAGGUGAUAUAGAAGCUGUGAAGCAAGCGUUGGCUCUGCCUCCCUCUGUCGCUGCUGCCCUCAAAACGCGAAUCCCUCUCACGGAACCCAAGGAAGAAUGCGGAGCGACCACCAGCACCAACUCCCCACCUUCGGAAGCAGUGAAAGAGCUUGCUCCGUCUUUGAGCGCUAGCCCUUUGGGGUCGAGUCCCUUGCAACCGGUGGCCUCCCAACCCCUACCGGAGGAGCCAAAGUCUCAGUCUAACAUCCUAGACCAGGGCAAGAAGGAGCCAGAACUUCCGCAGACGCCAGCUCAUGUUCGCGAAGAGGAAAUGGUUGUUCCUCUUCCCCGCCUUGAGUCUAUGGAUGACCUUGUUGCUACAGUUGGACAUGCGAUUGAUGACAUGGGUAUUAUGCGUUCAUCUGACGUCCCUCCCCCAACUAUUCUCGAGCCCCUACGGCAUAACGAGAAUCGGGGCAACCAACCAGGUCUUGACAUUCGCCGCAUCUCCUCAACACCCACGACACCACUAGAUGAGAGCGUUGAGACUGAGAAAGCACCCGAAACUCACGAGUUAGAAGCUGCGCUCAGCAUCAAGCGGUUUUCGUCUCUUCCACGCACGCCCUCGCGGAUGUCGCUUAACCAGCUUUACGCGGGAAGUAAAAGGUCCUCAAGGACGCCGUCACCGUCUCUUGUGGGCCCAGCAAUACUAAGAGCACCGCCUCCAGUUCAGAAGGUCAGGUCUGCGUGGCCACCAGCUAUGCAUUUCGCGGAUGUGGCUGUAAAGAAAAACCCUCUCGACCGAUCGGUGGGAUAUGCGCAGAAGAUUAAUGAACUUCACAUGUAUGAUUGUGGAUUGGGCGAUUGGAUUGUAGAGACGAGAUACAAAGGUAAGCGUACCACUGCAAGCACGGGUGCUCGUGUUCCAUCGACACAUUCUCCCCGCUCCCAAAUUCGCAAUAUCUCGGAGUCCUCGACUAGCUCCGAAGUCACCUUUCCCCGACGUCCAGACGCAUACUUGGCUACAGAUUUGUCGACACCCCCAUCUGGCGACUCCACCCUUGCUGCAGCACCACGCAACGGGUCAAAUAGAGCAUCCACUAUCAUGGCCAGUUCAUCUUCAUCGUCUGGUCGUUCGUUGACCUCCCCUACCUCAUCCAACAAAUCCCCUGGAAACUUCUUUGCGUCCUUGGGACGGAAAACAAGUCUUAAGAAGGACAAAGGACCAGGAUCGAUAGCUCCAGUAAUUGGCAGGGUGUUGUCCAAAAGUCCACCGCGGCCCGAGCCGAACCCACGACCAGUGACUAUCCCGAGUGCCCCAUCCGUGCCAGGGGGUCCACGCGCACCCCCUAAUCGUAUGCAAAGGUCCCAAACCAUUGUCAUUUCCCCCCAGUCCUCGCCAAAUGGCUCGACUCACCACCGAUCAAGCACAGUGGUACUACGACCUUCACAACUUAGUGGCCGCAACACUUUUUGCGAACGUGAAUCACCCACUGACCCGGAUGAAUUCGCACGUCAGGUGGACAAACUUGCUGCUCUGCUCCCGAAGGCCGAUAGAACGGUCCUGGCAGGGUAUCUGCGUAGGGCAGGGCAGGAUAUCCUUGCUAUUGGACAAUAUCUCGAAGACGAGAAGAACUGGAACUCUACGUCAUGACUAGUCCAUUCUCUCGUCAUGGUUGAUCUUACGGUGCUCAUAUCUAUGUUUCGUUGCUUUCCAUCGCACAUAUUAUACCCUCGUACAAUACCUGACUCUGAUUCGUCCAUAUGAUACAUGUAUUAUUUGUUUUCAGGACUAAACUACGUCGCUCUCGGAAUAGACUGUCUGCUGAUAUUCACCUCACAGGUCUGAAUCCGUGUUUAACAGCCUGGUUGCUACUGAACUGAUGCUGCUGGGCAGGACGAGGU